CACUCAGCUCUCGGUCGCCUCGGGGUUCAUGAAUUCAGCAGAGACGAUAAAGGCAUCAUUCGUUGAGGAAUAAACUCAAACGGGAUCCCGCCUCCAUCAACUCCACUCUCUCCUCAGGUAUUCAAGAACUUGUGAUGAGAUAAUCUCCGCCAUGGCGAGCUGUUUCUCUUCACAGCAUCUCAUCCACUCUGUCAGAAGGAAUUUCUGUGGCGUGGGAGAGAAGUUUAUCGCAAGCCCUAGGGUUAGAACCAAGCUGUGGUCUUCUAGCCGUUUUUGCUCAGCGAGCAAUCUUAAGGAACACUCCGAGCUGUCUGUCUGUUCAGAGUCAGUUUCAUCAGAUAGUACUUGUGUAGCGGCCCCACAGAGAAACUUAAGAGUAUCUUCUGACAUUGGAAAAGCAUCAACCACAUGCAGCCCUAUGGAUUCGUUGAAUGUUAAAAGUGACAUUGCUGCUGAUUCAAUGAAUAAUCGAGUGAUGCUCAUUGAUGGGACAUCAAUAAUCUAUAGGUCUUAUUACAAACUUCUCGCAAAGUUGCAUCAUGGUCACUUGGAACAUGCUGAUGGGAAUGGAGAUUGGGUUUUAACUAUAUUCACAGCCCUAUCUUUUCUGCUGGAUAUGUUGGAAUUUGUUCCAUCUCAUGUUGCGGUCGUAUUUGAUCAUGAUGGCGUUCCAUUUGGCCCUACUACUACAAAACAGUCCAAAGAAUGUUACAUGGCUAAAGGUUUGACUUUUCGACAUAUGAUAUAUCCCUCGUAUAAAAGCAAUCGCCCUCCAACUCCUGAUACUGUUGUUCAAGGACUUCAAUAUUUGAAAGCAUCUAUCAAGGCUAUGUCUAUCAAAGUAAUCGAGGUUCCAGGUGUUGAAGCUGAUGAUGUGAUUGGAACCAUGGCUGUUAACUAUGUCUCUAGUGGGUUCAAGGUACGAGUUGUUUCUCCAGACAAAGAUUUUUUCCAGAUCUUAUCACCUUCACUGCGACUACUUCGGAUUGCUACACGUGGAUCUGGGAUGGCCUCAUUCGGACUCGAAGACUUUGCUAAGAAAUUUGGGGAACUACGACCUACUCAGUUUGUUGAUUUUAUAGCACUUGCUGGUGACCAUGUUGACAACAUUCCAGGAGUUGAAGGUAUUGGAGAAGUACAUGCUUUGAAACUGAUCACCAAGUUUGGUUCUGUGGAGAACUUGUUGCAUUGUGUGGAUCAGGUUGAGGAGGAACGCAUUAGAAAGGCUAUAAUGCUAAAUGGUGAUCAGGCUCUACUAUGCAAGAACUUGGCAACCCUGAGAUCUGAUCUACCACCAUACAUGGUGCCUUUUAAAACAUCUGAUCUCGUGUUCCGGAAACCAGAGGAUGGUGGAGAGAAACUGAUAAGCCUCCUGAGAGCAAUUGGAGCUUAUGCAGAAGGCUUUUCUGCGGAUCCCAUUCUAAGAAGAGCACUCUUUUUGUGGAACAAGCUUCAAUCAUGACAAUUCUGUAUACUGUAGUAGCCAGAGGUCAUCCUGUUUGAUGAGAUCAGAAGACAAGGAGGAUUACAUGCUGAAAAUUAGAUGGAAGUUGAUAACCUCCCUUACCUUAUCCUACCGGUUUUAUGCCCAAAAAAUGGAAGUAGGCCUUGGCUCAUUGGAGAUUGUCAGCCAAAUUGCUUCAAGAAAAGUUCAAUCCACAUUUAACACCGCUUAUGUAAAUGGUUCUUCAAUUUAAUCCAAGGGGCUCACCGUUAGAAUCAAAAUUUUCUUUUUCCAGGGUAUAUGAUUAAUUUCAUAGUUCAUAGGAAUCAGUCCGAGUAAUGUAUAUGCAUUGAAAGUAUGGCGAACCUUUUGGGUACGGAAAGGAGAUGCUAUGUGUACGCAGGCAAAUAACUAGCUAGGAUUAUGGAUCUUCUUCAUAGAACUUUGCUUUGUUUGGCCUACGCUUUGAAUAAUAUAGUAGAGAAGGCUCAUGUAUA